AUGGAAAGAGCAAGGUAUGAAGAAGUAAAAGAGCAAGUGCAGGUUGGUGCUGGAGCUAGAUCUUCUAAAAGUCUAAAAUACAACAAGAGUAGAGGAGUUCCAUUACCUACUAGCUCUACAAAGCCAGUGGGUCAAGCAUUUGAAGAGAAUACGAAGGAGAUAUGGUCUUUGUUAAUGGAUGAUAAAGUCUCAACCAUUGGCAUUUAUGGGAUGGGAGGGGUUGGUAACGCAACAAUAUUCAAACAUAUUUAUAAUGAGCUUCUACAAAGACCAGAUAUUUGUGAUCAUGUUUGGUGGGUGACGUCUCAAGAUUUUAGCAUUACUAGAUUGCAGAAUCUCAUUGCUAAAAGUCUUCAUCUAGACCUUUCAAGUGAAGAUGAUGAUCUGGAUAGAGCUGUUAAAUUGUCAGAAGAACUAAGUACGAAACAAAAAUGGAUUCUCAUUUUAGAUGAUUUGUGGAACAAUUUUGAACUUGAUGAAGUGAGAAUUCCUGUGUUGUUGAAAGGAUGCAAGCUGAUUAUGAUAACUAGAUCAGAAAUGGUUUGUCAUCGGAUGGCUUGCCGCCACAAAAUCAAAGUGAAGCUACUUUUUGAAGGAGAAGCUUGGACUUUGUUCAUGGAAAAACUUGGAUGUGACAUAGCCCUUUUACCGGAAGUGGAAAGAAUUGCGAAAGAUAUUGCUGGAGAAUGUGCUGGUUUGCCGUUGGGAAUUAUUACAGUGGCAGGAAGCUUGAGGGGAGUGGAUGACCCACAUGAGUGGAGAAAUACAUUGAACAAAUUGAGAGAAUCAAAAUUUAGGGACAUAGAUGAGAAAGUAUUCAAGUUAUUGUGGUUUAGUUAUGAUCGGUUAGGUGAUUUAGCACUACAACAAUGUCUCUUGUACUGUGCAUUAUUUCCUGAAGAUGAUAUGAUUGAAAGGGAGGAGUUGAUAGGUUAUUUGAUCGACGAGGGAAUAAUUAAUGGAAAGAGAAGAAGGGGAGAUGCAUUUGAUGAGGGACAUACGAUGCUUAAUAGACUUGAAAAUGUCUGCCUAAUGGAAAGUGUAAAAAUAGGGUAUAAUGGUAGUAAACGUGUCAAGAUGCAUGACUUGAUUAGGGACAUGGCCAACCAAAUAGAAAACUCUAAAGUCAUGGUUAAAGCAGGUGCGCAAUUAAAAGAGAUACCAGAUGCAGAGGAGUGGACAGAGAAUCUCACAAGAGUCUCACUAAUGCGAAACCAGAUCGAAGAAAUUCCUUCUAGCCAUUCACCAAUGUGUCCAAAUUUGUCAUCUCUAAUUUUACGUGAGAAUGAAGAGCUGCGAUUGAUUGCGGAUUCAUUUUUCAAGCAAUUACAUGGGCUCAAGGUCCUCGAUCUGUCUUGCACAAGUAUUGAAAAUUUGCCAGACUCUGUCUCUGAUUUGGUGAGUCUCACAGCAUUAUUGCUCAAUGAUUGUGAGAAAUUAAGACGUGUUCCAUCAUUAAAGAAGCUAAGGGAAUUGAGAAGGUUGGAUCUCUCUUGCACUACACUUGAAAAGAUGCCUCAAGGAAUGGAAUGCCUAACCAACCUAAGGUAUCUUAGAAUGAAUGGAUGUGGUGAAAAGGAGUUUCCUAGUGGGAUAUUACCAAAACUCUCUCACCUGCAAGUCUUUGUACUAGAGGAAACGUCAAUUGAUCAAAGAUAUGCUCCGAUAACAGUUAAAGGAAAGGAAGUAGUAUCCUUGAGAAAUUUGAAAAGUUUGGAAUGCCAUUUCGAAGGUCUAUCUGACUUCGUGGAGUAUCUCAGAUCUUGGGAUGGGAUUCAAUCAUUAAGCACAUAUAAAAUUUUAGUAGGAAUGGUGGAUAUAAAUUAUUGGUUUGACAGUGAUUAUUUGCCAGGUAAAACAGUUGGGUUGGGUAAUUUGAGUAUCAACGGAGAUGGAGAUUUUCAGGUCAUGUUCUUAAAUGGCAUUCAAGGACUGGUUUGCGAAUGCAUCGAUGCAAGAAGUUUAUGUGAUGUUUUGUCAUUAGAGAAUGCAACUGAACUGGAGUUCAUCCGCAUUUGGGAUUGCAAUAGCAUGGAGAGCUUGGUUUCAUCUUCUUGGUUCUGCUCUGCACCACCACGAUUGCCAUCAUAUAAUGGUAUGUUUUCUGGUCUUAAAGAGUUUUAUUGUAGAGGAUGUAAGAGUAUGAAGAAGGUGUUCCCACUUGUGUUGCUGCCAAACCUCGUAAACCUGGAAGUGUUUAGUGCUGAGCGUUGUGAGAAAAUGGAGGAGAUAAUAGGAACAACAGAUGAAGAAAGCAGCACCUCCAAUUCCAUCACGGAAGUCAUUCUCCCAAAGUUAAGAACUUUGGAAUUGUAUCUUUUACCAGAAUUGAAAAGCAUUUGCAGUGCAAAACUGAUUUGCAAUUCUCUUGAAGGUAUUCAUGUAACGUCUUGUGAGAAGCUGAAGAGGAUGCCAAUUGGUCUUCCGUUGCUUGAAAAUGGCCAGCCAUCUCCUCCCCCUUCUUUUAAAUACAUCACGGUAUAUCCAGAAGAAUGGUGGGAGACAGUAGUGGAGUGGGAGCAACCUAAUGCCAAGGAUGUCCUUCGUCCCUUUGUACUGUUUUGGUAGGAGGAGACUACUGUAAGCA